GUGAUUGCGCGGGAAGCUCCACCUGCUCUCCGUGAGUGUCAAACAAACUCCCGAAAUUUGUAAUUAUUUCGGGAAAUUUGUUAUUAAAAACCGAGACUGAAGUAUUCUGGAGCUUCAAGAUGACUUUGGAGAUUUCUCCGACGCGCUACGCGCAUUCUUCUGGCCACACCGACGUUUGUUUCAGUUCAGACGGCAGAUACAUCCUGACAUGCGGAACAGACUCGGACGUUAGAAAAUGGUGCAGCAUCGAGGACGACGACCCUCAGGCACUGGGCACCAAAAACAUGAAUGCGAUUGCCGUCGUUUCUGUGAAAGAUAAAAUCUACGUGUCUGGUGACGACAACAAGGUGGCGAUUUACUCCCUGAAAGAUAUGACCAAUGAAGGAAUUUUAAGUCGAGCGUCUGCACCUGUUACAUGUUUGUCGAUCUCCUCAAAUGGAAAUACAUUGGCCUCUGGAGGAUGUGAUUUUAACAUUCACGUGACUGACACCGAAACCUUCAAGGAUUCUCUCUUCACGGGCCACACAGCCCCAAUUCUGUCUGUUGCUAUUGACCCCAAAGGAGAAUUUCUUGCCUCAUCAAGUUGUGAUGGUUCUGUUAGAAUCUGGGAAAUCUCUACCUGCCAGAAAGUGCAGUCGUGGACAAGUUGUUUCCCAAACUCAAAUGAUUUUCAUGCUUCAACCACUUUGGCCAGAAUGUCUUGGGAGCCAAAAAGUGGCAAAACUCUGGCAGUGCCUUACGAAGACUCAAUCAAGCUGUACCAGCGAGGCACCUGGAAUGAAAUCAUGAGCAUUAAAAAUCCAACUGUGGUCCAGCCUUUCAGUAUUGUGAGUUUCUCGCCCUGUGGUCGACUGUUGGUUGCCACUUCCAAAGGUGGAAUCUGGUCUCUCUUUGAUUCCGCCUCUGGGUACAAACUGAUCGCGACUGAGAAAAAUCUCAGAGGAACCAAUGUGACAGGCUUGGCUUGGAAGCCAAAGGAAAAGUCCCUUGCCUUUUGUAACUUUGAAGGGGAUUUAGGAAUAGUCACCAUCAGCCUUCCUGAUGAUGACACUCCCCCUGCAGUUGAAAUUCCCGAGCCAGUUAUUGUUGAUAACGGAAUUGAAGAUGGAAUCACUUCUGAUUUUGAAAUGGACGACUUUGAGGAUAAAUUACUUGAAGGAAGGGCACAGUCCCGAAUGAGUGCUGCCACUGUUGAUGGCUCUGUGAUGACAGGUCAAGUGCCUGCAGUAAAAGUAGAGGCUUCCUAUUUCAUGCAAGAAGCAUUUCAGCCGAGUGCUUGUCCAACCCAUUUGCAACGUCGAUUUAUGGUUUACAACAAUGUGGGAAUUGUGAUUUCUGUAACAGAUGACUCGGACACGUCUACCAUCGACGUCGAAUUCCACAAUAUUAGUGUCCAUCACAACUUUUCUCUGCCAAACAUAUUCGACCAUUCACUGUGUGCCUUGACGGAGGAGGUUUUAGUCUUGUCCGGUCCGAAACAGGAAUCCACAGAGAGCAGUAAGGUUGUUGUUCAGAUGCUGCAAGGCGGCGACUCUUCCCGGGAGUGGAUGGUUGACUUGCUGCCUGGAGAAGAAGCUGUUUGUGUGGCUGCCGGGCUCGGCUUUGUGGCUGUGGGUACGGAUGAGGGAAGCGUGAGGCUCUUCUCCAUUGGAGGAAUGCAGCGAGAUGUUAUUUCUGUCGGGGGCAAAAUUGUUAGCAUGGCUGCCCUUGGAAAACAGUUGAUGGUCAUUUUCCACGCUGGUUUAGGCACCAAAGCCCUUCAGAACUAUGGCUAUGUUGUUUACAGCAUCAGAGACAACUCUGUUAGGUUUGCGAAGAGGCCUCAACACUUGACAGUUCCUGCGGGCUGCACACUCCGCUGGAUUGGCUUUACUGACGAAGGCAAUCCAUGCUUUUUGGACUCCUCUGGGAAAAUCCAUGUCAUAUCCUCAAACAACGUUGCAUACGUGCUGACAGACACAGAAAGGCUUGGGGAAAAGGGGGCCACUAGCCACUACUUUUUGAUUGGUGUCAAUGAAACUGAGAUGAAAUUCAGGGCCAUUCUAUGCAAGGGUGCCUAUUAUCCACCAAUAGCCCCGCGACCAAUUAUGGGGGAGAUCCUCAUUCAGGCCCCUAUUUGUGACAGUGAUUCGGCCAAAGGCAAACUCGAGGAAGACUAUGUUCGGACCAAAAGGGCAGCUUACUCAUCAAAAUGUAUUGAUCCCAGCACAGGAAUGCCAAAGGACGACGACUAUGCUGUUCUCAGCAACGUCAAGUCUUUCAACACCACUUUGCUCAAAAUAUUUGCUAUGGCUUGUAUUGCUGAUAUGGAUACCAGAGCUUAUGACAUUUACAAAUUGAUGACGGCUGCAGAGUGGAGAGUCAAAGCCAGGCAAUAUGCCCACAGCAAAAACAAAAGUAGAUUACUUGAGAGACUAGAAGACUUUGUGGAUCAACCGGAAUCAGAGGAAGAGCCUGAAAUAGUUGAGGAAUCACAAGAAAUUGAGCCAAGGUACAAAAUCCUCAGUAGGAUUAACAGCACUGAAUCAUUUGGUAGUGGCAAAGAGACCAUCGAACCAAUGAAAAUGAGCAAAUUGAAACGAGCUUUGUCUUCGCAGAGAAGUUUUGAGAUGUUCAGCACUCCGACUCAAAACGGAGGCAACCCUUUCAAGAAAAAUGCACCUAAACCACCUCUGAGCGAGACUUUGCUGAGCAAAAACUCAUUCAUUGAAGAAGAUGCAGAAUUUUCUCGCUCGGCCACCCCAGACAGCUUGCAAAUGGAUUCUUCCGAUGUCAGUUCGAAGCAUAUGUCUGAUUUUUCAGAGCAAUCUCGAACCUCACUAGAUACAAACAGUGUUGCUCUGGAAAGUCCUAAAGUUGUAGAGGAAGCCAAAGCAAAAGAGAAUGGAAGCGCUGUAGAUGGAUUCAAAAAAUGGUUUGAAAAUAACAAGUCCAACCUACAGGCAGAAUUUCCUGGGAUGAAAUUGGCUGAUCUAAAAAAAGAGGCCAUCAAAAAGUUCAAGGCUGCCAACAAACCUGCGGGCAAGAAACGCGGAGCUUUAGGGAAACAGGAAGAGCCCCAACCAAAAAAAUUUGCUAUGAAGAAACUUGAUGCCUUUUUGUUUAAGAAGAAGGAUGUUCCGAAGGAACCAGAAUCAGUAGAAACACCAGUGGAAACUUUAGACAAGGAAGAAAACACUCAGUUUGAAAGUGAAACUCCAGAAAAUGAUUCUCAAAACUUAACCUUGGUCGAAGAUACUCCAGAAAAUUAGAAUUUAUAUUAUACACCCUCUUGAUCACUCUCCAAUCUUUAUAAUUCAUAAUUUUAUUUUCUUAAAAUAAAUUUUAGAUAAUGAUGUAAAUUGCUAAAUAUUUAUGCUAAAACGUUUAUCUAGUA